AUGAACCACCAACACUCCGAACCGCUUCCCUUCCCCGGUUUCGCGUCGUCAGUGCCAGAACCGGAUCCUGCUAGUCUCGCUGGGCUCAGCAGCGACGAGAUCCGACCCUCGACACAAACGAUAUCGGAGGAGCCCCGCCUCCACUACUACACGAUACUCUACCUCCACAACGCUGCCGCACCGAUCCACACGCUGCCCACUGAGCUGCUGGUCAAGAUAUUCGGUCAGACGUGGCAGGACCGGAGAAGUGUCCAUCUAACGUCCGUCUGCCGGCGAUGGCGCUCUGUCUACCUCUCCACGCCUCAAAUCUGGGCAGCAGCAGUUUCAGCGCUUUAUUUUCGCUACACUAGGGUGGCCCGGGAUAUGGCCGGAAGCAAGGACGUCCGAUCGGUCACAGUACCUUCUGAGCAUGUAGCCGCCCUCCUCGAAAGGUCUUCCCCGUGCCUCAUCCAUACAGAGGUCUUAGGACCCGAGUCCCCAGACGAGCCCGACCCAAUAUCUGCUCUUCCUGUCGAGCUGUCUGUUCAUUCACAUCGGGUCAGUUCUCUAUCGAUCUGCAUUCAGAGUACGCGGCCAGUGUUGAACAAUCUACCCCGGCUGUUGGAGACGAGCACGCCAGCAUUAGAAACACUCCAUAUCUAUCGUGGACACGAAAAGGCACAGCUAGGACGAAUUGACCUGACAAGUUUGCCGCGCUUCCCUGAAAUCAAUCUUCCCCACCUGCACGAGGUGUUCAUCAGCCCGGCGGAACUCUUCCCUCUGUUCACUGCCAGAUCCUUGCGGAGAGUCAGCUUGUCCGGCUCCGAUCCUGAUGCAAGAGUCAUAUCUCCAGAUCCUCUGGUGCUACUGCAGGCGCUGCGCAACUGUCCCAAUCUCGAGACCUUGCAUUUCGGCAACUAUGCGAUCCCGGACGAGUGGCCGGUGACGGGACGCGUUGCUAUCGUACACCUUCCCUCGCUCAAAGAGCUCGGAAUCGUUGAAACAUCGAACACUUCGAUCUGCGCGAUGCUUAAUGCCUUAUCCGUCCCUCCGACCGCCCUCAUCCAAGUAGCGGGAGUAGACAACACGAGUGUCGCCGACCUCGUACCUUGUCAUCUCUUCCGAAGUCGCCCGUUCGACAGAGUUUCUCUGCGCACAGAUAGACACAGCUGGUGGAUCUUGAAGUGCUCUGUGAACCACUCUCGACAAGUCUGGGAACUGCGGUUGGAUGGCGCCUCACUUCGCGAAGUUCUCUUGCUGAACUACUUUCAGGGGAUGCACGUUGCUCAUCUGGAGGUGCUCGAUCAGUGGUGCAUCACAUGGUGGAACGCUACACCACAUCAGCAAAAUGUUGAAGAAUAUGGGCAGGCAUGA